AUGGUGCUGCUCUUCAUUUGCACAUGCACCUACAUCCGCAUGAAGUUCCCGACGCUCUUCGACCGAGGCCAGCUGCCGGGGAAGCACGAGGGCCUCACGGGGCUCUGCUGGAAAGCCUCGCGCAUCGGCGAGCGCAAGAGCGAGUGGGUCGCCGGCAUGCUUCUGGCCAUGGCCGUCCACCGCCUUUUCGUCGCGCCCGCAUAA